UGAACUGCACCUGAGCCUCUGUGAGUGACUAGUCAAAAUGGAUCAUCUGUGCAACAAGCGAAUUGUCAAAGGUUGGAAGAUGCCUGCAGUCAAAGUUGGCGACAGGUAUAAAUGCCUUGCUCGUUCGAGCACUCAGUCACUUCUUCUGUCUCUUCCUGGGUAUCCAUCUCAGUGUUUGUGCCUUGCAUCUCCACAAGAAGGGAGCAUCGAAGAAUCAGGGGUCGCUCACGCAGCAAUGAACCCUUGCCAGCUUUUUGCAUCGUUGGUGAUGUCUAUAUGCUGUCACAUACUGUCGACAACAGCAUGGUCGGUGAAUAACUUCCUGGUGACAGGACCAAAGGCUUACCUUACAUACACCAGCAGUGUGCAGGCAGGGGCUCAGAGUGGUAUUGAAGAGUGUAAACAUCAGUUCACAUGGGACAGGUGGAACUGUCCGGAAAGCGCACUGCAGUUAUCUACACAUAACGGCCUGCGAAGUGCCACCAGAGAAACCGCUUUUGUGCAUGCCAUAAGUGCUGCUGGAGUUAUGUAUACUUUGAUAAAGAACUGUAGCAUGGGGGACUUCGAUAACUGUGGCUGUGACGAUUCCAAGAUAGGAAAAAUGGGUGGACGUGGUUGGGUUUGGGGAGGCUGCAGUGACAAUGUUGACUUUGGAGAAAGAAUCGCUAAACAAUUUGUGGACGCACUGGAAAAUGGUCACGACUCGCGCGCUGCAGUGAACCUGCACAAUAAUGAAGCUGGUCGACUUGCUGUCAAAGCAACACUCAAAAGGACAUGUAAGUGUCAUGGUGUCUCUGGAAGCUGCAGUAUUCAGACAUGUUGGAUGCAGCUGGCUGAUUUCAGAGAAAUCGGUACCUAUCUGAAAAUCAAGUACGAUCAAGCACAGAAGCUGGAGAUGGACAAAAAUCGGAUGAGGGCAGGUAACAGCGCGGACAAUCGCGGCGCAAUCGCGGACACGUUCAGCACCGUUGCGCGCACAGAACUCAUUUAUAUGGAAGAUUCUCCAGACUACUGCACGAAAAACCUCAGCCUGGGACUACAUGGAACAGAAGGCAGGGAAUGCCUACAAAGCGGAAAGAAUCUUUCUCAGUGGGAGAAGAGAAGCUGCAGGCGUCUCUGCCACGAAUGUGGUAUGAAAGUUGAAGAGAGGAGGAUAGAGACUGUGAGCAGCUGUAACUGUAAAUUUCACUGGUGUUGCACAGUCAAAUGCGAAACAUGCACUCAGACUGUGACCAAGUAUUUUUGCGCAAAAAGGCACAAAAACCGUCGGCCGCACAACAAUUCACGCAAAAGACAGCAUGCGCGUAAUAGAUGAAGUCAUCAUCUUUGCCAGUAUAUUAAGUUGUAUAUUUCCAAUGUAAAUAUAUUUUAUAUGAGA